AUGGUGUAUCUGUUGGAGCGUCUACCGGAGUUUCAGGAUGAAUUGGAAAAUGAUCAUUCUAGUUCUUGCACGGCACGUUUAAUUUUGCAUCAGCUUCGCUGGUUGGAUUUCAUUGUGGAGCCGCAGAUAUUAACCGAAAAAUUGAUCGAGCCCAUGGUUGUGUACCUGAAGGAACUAAUGCACGAGAAUGGUGAUCUUACUGUACCCAUUUUGGAUGCUUUAUCGAAUCUUACGUUGCAUUCCGAAAGUCUCGAUGAUGUGCGUCAAACGGUUUUGGAGCGACUGGAAUCGGCCGAGCUGGAUGACCUCGCUGUGAUUGUCAAGUUUUUACUCCAAACCGCGACUCCACACACCAUCGAUGAAGUAAUCUAUGGUAUCCGCCACAAUCUCGAUUUUUAUUCCCUCGGUAAGCUCAAGCAGAACGAAUUUCAGUCAUUGACGUCGACAACCACGAUCCGAUCGCGGAAAUCCGAUGCGAAUGCACAAGCGCCUGAAGCUCUCAUUUUGGAAUCAAUUAAGCUUGGGUUACAAUUUCACAAGUUCGUUUGCGAUUCCUGGAUCAAAUCAAUCACUGCACUAGAGGACCCGGGAGCACACAAAAUUAUCGAUGUACUUGUUUUGUUUAUUCUACAUUCAAUGACAUCCAUGAAAAAGAAAGCCGAGCAGAUUUUCCGCAAGAAAAUAAUCAAUCGUGCCAUCACUGCCCAACUGAUUCAGUUGACACUAACAAAUCACGGCGACGCACUUACUGGAUAUUGGAAUACCAUUUUAUCAUUAUCCGACAGCGUCUUGCGGUCAUCCCGUCAAAACCAUGCCAUCGUUCCAUGUUCAAGUACUCUCUACGUUCAUUCUUUCAUCGCCUCCAACGCUCACUAUCAACUUGAAAUUAUUGGUUCGCUGGUCACCCAUAUCGGCAGCGGUGAAAUAUCCUUUUUAAAAAACGUUGCUUUGAACGUAUUACUGCAGCUCGUCAAGUUUGAUGUAGAAAGGGUCUCCGAAUAUGCUGUGUUCAUCAAAGGUAUUCUCGACUACCUUGAUAACUUAAGCUUGGGUCAGAUUCGAGUGUUAUUCGAUAUAUUCAGCAUCAUGGCAUUGACGGUAAGACAGUUCGUAUGGUUUACAUUGAAAAAGAACCUUGAGUAA